CGCAGGGCCGGUAGCAGGCCGGAUAAAGGAUGGGGCUUGUUUAUAGAUUAGCUCACAAGAUCCUCCGGCUCACUCGACUAUGGACCGCUCCGUCCGCAAGGCCAGCUCUACGUGGGUUACUCUUUGACUGUUUCUAACUUUCUUGAUCCCCAAUCCCUAGAUUCUUCAGGCAAUGGGCCAUCUCCAACUCGUCGCAGUGGUACUCAUCCUUGGGAGUAUUGGUCUCGGCAGCCCAUAUUGCGAUGCCUUAACAACGAUAUGCUACACCGAGUACAUAAGUCUAGAGCAGAUCGCCAUUCGCGUCGCCAUCCCCGACAACGCUACAGCCGGGAACUUUAAUGUCCGGCUCUCCUGUAUAUAUCCCACGCCUUAUACAGGGGCCACCUAUACCACACUCUCCGGCUCGACGACCAACAGCACGCACUGGACGCUCAGCGUGCUUGCCCAGGGCGUCAGCGUAUGGGGCAGCGCGAAGCUGAACCCCGCCGGCAACGUGACUCUCGCCUACGCCCAGUCGGCCGCUCCGCCAACGCAGCCGGCUAACAAUGCCAGCCGCUUCAGCAUCCACAAUUCCCACCAGCGAUUCUCGGUCGACCUGAAGGCUGCUCAGAUUGCCAACUUUGCCGAGUUGGUCCAGAAGGCAACUGUCUGACCGGUUCGCUGAGAGAUAGCAAGAUGCUGAUAAUCGAAGGGCAAAGGGAGCUGGGACAACAUCAAAACAGAAGACUAAGAUAAUUUUUGGAAAGGGACUGCGAGCUAGAUUGUUAGACACGGCGAGCUAGUCCUGUCGAUGUAUCUGCACACCAAGGGCAAUGGAAAUUUCGAUCCAUGCAGCCAGAACAGUUGAGAGUGGCCGAUUGUAUAACCAAGCGUGGGAG